AUGUCCUUCUCCCAGUCCUUCGCCCCCGGCCCCGCCAGGCACCAACCUCAGCCCUACCACCUCGAUCCUCCCCCCCACCACCCCCGCCGCCGCCGCCGGGAGGACGACGAGCCGUACCACCCCUACCCCCACCCCCAGCCACACCCCUACACCAACGCCGCCGCCAUCCCCUACCCCCACCCCCGCGACCCGCUCGCGCCCUCCCGCCACCUACAGGACCUGGCCUCCGCCCCGCCGCCGCCGAAGCGGCCUCGCCGCGCGCCCGAGCCGCCCCGGCACGAUCCGCCCGCCGCGGCCCCCGCGCCGACGAGGCAGCCCGUGGACGGCGACGCCACGGCGCCGCUGCUGUCGCGGGACGAGAUCGAGCGGCGGUCGCCCUCGCGCAAGGACGGGAUCGACCCGGCAUCCGAGGCCCGGCUGCGCGCCUCCUACUGCGCCUACCUCCGCUGCCUCGGCUUCCGCCUCGGCCUGCCGCAGAUGACGGUAGCCACGGCGGCGGUGUAUUGCCACCGCUUCUUCUUCCGCAGAUCGCACGCCUGCCAUGACAGAUUUUUGGUUGCGACUGCGGCAUUGUUUCUGGCGUCAAAGACAGAGGAAUCAACAUGCCUUUUGAAUACUGUUCUUAGGGCUUCAUGUGAAGUUUCUCAAAACCAAGAAUUCAAUCUACUUCCUUACAUGAUGCGUGGCCAAAACUGGUUUCAGCUUUACCGAGAAAGUGUAAUACAGGCGGAGCAAAUGAUACUUACAACACUUGAUUUUGAACUUGAAGUGGCCCAUCCAUAUGCUUCACUUUCAUCCGCUUUAAGCAAACUAGGACUUUCACAUUCCACUCUAUAUGAUGUGGCUUGGAGUCUCAUUAAUGAAGGGCUUCGGAGUUCUCUCUGGCUUCAGUUCAAACCUCAUCAUAUUGCUGCUGGAGCCGCAUUCCUUGCUGGAAAGUUCCUCCGCUAUGACAUUACCUUUCACCAAAAUUUCUGGCAUGAGUUCAAAACGGCACCACCCAUUGUCCAAGAUGUUGUCCAGCAGUUGAAGGAGCUACUUUAGGAGAUUCCGUAUGUUUGUUUCUGUAUACAAACACAUGGUUUUGUGACCAUUGUUACAAAUAUGUAUACCUUGACAUGUGGGCAAUACGUCUCGAACUUCUGGAUAUCAUUAGUAGUUUGAGAAUAUACUCGUUCUUUUUCAUUUAUAUUCUACAAUCAAAGAGUGUUGCCAUGUACCAAAAGGAUAAAAGUUCUAUCCAAAGUUUUUAUCACUUAUUCU